AUGAAGAGCUUACACAAAUUCUGUUGCUUCUGCUUUCUGUUGCCUCCUUUUAUACUGUCUGAUGCUACAGAUACCAUAACUGUAAAUGAGCCACUGGCAGAUGGGAAAACAAUCAUCUCAUCAGGUGGAACUUUUGAACUGGGAUUUUUCAGCCCAGUUGUUAAUUCCAGGAGUAGAUACUUGGGAAUAUGGUACAAGAAAGUUGCCAAAUCUGCAGUGGUAUGGAUUGCUAAUAGAGACGUUGCAAUGAAUGACACAGAUGGCCUUUUGAAGAUGACUGAUCAAGCUAAACUCACACUUGUGAAAAGUAGAGAUACAGCCAUAUGGUCCACAAACGCCACGAGGUUGGUAAGGAAUCCAGUAGCCCAACUUCUUGAUUCAGGAAAUCUUGUUGUAAAAGAUGCAGCUGACGACAAUCCAGAGAAUUACCUCUGGCAGAGUUAUGAUUAUCCUACAGACACUAUAUUACCAGGAGUGAAGCUUGGACUUGACUUGGUGAAAGGCAUUGAUAGGUACCUUCAGUCUUCAAAGAGUAGUAUCGAUCCUUCAAGAGGUGAUUUUUUAUAUCGAACGGAUCCUAAUGGCUUUCCACAACAGUUCUUGAUGAACAAUUCACUUCCACAAUUUCGUUCUGGACCGUGGAAUGGUCUGCGGUUCAGCGGCUCACCAGGCCUGAAACCAAAUCCGGUAUAUACAUAUGAGUUUGUAAAUACUCCAAAGGAAAUAUACUACAAAUUUGAUCUGAUUAACAGCUCUGUCUACUCAAGGCUUACUUUGAGUAGCUUUGGGGUGCUUCAAAGGUUAAAUUGGAAUUACCGGGCUCAGGAUUGGACUGUUUACGUUAAUGCACCGGCUGACAAUUGUGAUACUUACGGGCUUUGUGAUGCCUAUGGCAUCUGCAACAUUGCUAAUUCUCCAGUUUGUAGCUGUUUGGAUAGAUUUGUGCCACAAUCCCCCAAUGAUUGGAACGCAACAGACUGGUCGAGUGGCUGUCAGCGAAGAACUCCUUUAGAUUGUCAAAAAGGGGAUGGAUUUCUAAAGUAUACAGGCCUUAAGUUGCCAGAUACAAGAUGGUCCUGGUAUAAUGACAGCAUAAAUCUCAAGGAAUGUGAGAAAAUUUGUUUAAAAAACUGUUCCUGCAUGGCUUAUUCAAAUACAGAUGUAAGAGGCAAAGGAAGUGGCUGCUUGCUUUGGUUUGACGAUCUCAUCGAUAUUACCAUGAUUGGCGACAGUGGUCAAGAUAUCUACAUAAGGAUGGCCUCCUCUGAGUUAGGCACUGGAUCCAAUAAAGCGAAAAAAAUUGGAAUCAGCUUGUGUUUGGUGGUUCUUGUACUGCUGGUCCUUGGCCUUACCUUGAAUGUUCAAAAGAAGAGGAAGAGGAGGCAAGCUGAACACGUGUCUGGCGAAGCUAGUACGGGAACCAGAUCAACGCAAUAUCUUGCUGAAGAAGGUGACAAGGAAGAUGUUGAGCUGCCACUGUUUGAAUUGAAAACCAUCAUCCAGGCUACCGAUAACUUCUCAAGGGAUAAGAAGCUUGGAGAGGGUGGAUUUGGUCCUGUUUACAAGGGUACACUUGUUGGGGGACAAGAAAUUGCAGUGAAGCGGCUUUCUCAAAACUCCAUACAAGGACUUGAUGAGUUCAAGAAUGAGGUUAAAUGCAUUGCAAAGCUCCAGCACAGAAAUCUUGUGAAGCUUCUAGGGUGCUGCAUCCAAGAAGAGAAGAUAUUGAUUUAUGAAUUCAUGCCUAAUAAGAGCUUGGAUUUCUUCAUCUUCGAUCAUGAUCGGCGCAGAUUCCUUGAUUGGCCAAAACGCUUCCAGAUUAUCACCGGGAUUGCUCGCGGACUUCUGUAUCUUCAUCAGGACUCUAGAUUGACAAUCAUCCACAGAGAUCUUAAGGCUGACAACAUUUUGUUAGAUAUUGAUUUGAAACCAAAAAUAUCAGACUUUGGCCUGGCCAGAAUUUUCGGAGGAACUGAGACUGAAGCAAGCACAAAAAGAGUCGUUGGAACAUAUGGCUACAUAUCGCCAGAGUAUGCAGUGGAUGGAUAUUUCUCAACAAAAUUAGACGUAUUCAGCUUUGGUGUUUUGGUACUGGAGAUUGUAAGUGGGAAGAAGAACAGAGGAUUUAGCCAUCCUGAUCACCAUCAUAAUCUUCUUGGGCAUGCAUGGUUACUUUACAAAGAAGGCAGAUGUCCGGAGUUGAUUGAUGCCCAUUUGAGUGUAUCCUGUCAUCUAUACGAAGUUAUAAGAUCAAUUCAUGUAGGGCUACUAUGUGUACAGCAAUCUCCAGAUGACAGGCCAAGUAUGUCAUCUGUGGUUUUUAUGUUGGCUGGUGAUGGAUCGUUACCUUUCCCUAAAGAGCCUGGCUAUUUCACUGAAAGAAAUUUAUCUUUCGAACCUGAUAAGAGUUCAUCAGGCAAGAAAGAAAAUAGUUCUGGCAAUGCUUUAAGCAUCACAUUGUUAGAUGCUCGAUAGUUGAAUGAAUCUUUUGCAGGUUUGCUCCAAGAAAAGCCUGUGGCAUUCCAUACUCCCUUUAAAAGUAAAAGAAGAAGUGAAGUGCUAGAACUUUUUUUAAAUAGGUCUCAUACUCUUUACAUAGGAGUGUUGGCUAUAA